AUGUCCUUUUCUGCUGAGCACGGGAAGACCGGAGAUGAACUUGGUGAGCUGCUUGCAGGAAUGUUUGACUCCAAACCCAAUGCAGUACUUCAACGCAGCGUCGACGGUAUGACCCUUGCAGAGAUGCAACAGCAUGUUCUUCGUUUGGCGUCCACUCUUCGUGUGGCGCAGGUGGGUCAUGUGGCCCUUUGUUUGCAUCCGGGCUUUGGACUGGUCGUUUCGCUGGUAGCGGUCCUUUGGUGUGGCCGGGCCUUUGUACCUCUUGAUCCCAGUUAUCCUCUAAGUCGUUUGCAGUUCAUCUUGGACGAUUCCGAGGCCCAAGUAUUGGUGUCACAGAGAGAGAUCAUGGAGGUACUGCACAGUUUGGACAUCAUGUCCAAGAUCUUCAUCUUACUGAUCGAUUCCUCGGGUGCCCUGGUCUGUGGACACGUCUCCGGAGAUACCUCUUGGAGAACCAAGCCCUCAGCAUCUGCCUAUAUCAUUUACACCAGUGGAAGUACCGGAGUUCCGAAAGGUGUGAUGGUGUCGCGGCAGAACUUUGCAAAUGUCCUCAGGUCCUUUAAGGACAUGAUGGAAGUCAAGCUGUUGAAUGAAGGUCGUCAGCCAAGACCAAAGCAGAUUUGGUGGAUAGCUCAUACCACGAUUUGCUUUGACAUUGCGCUUCUGGAAUUGUUCUUGCCCUUGGUGAUGAACAUCUUCAGUGAUGGUCUUAGGCACUUGGUCUUAGAACUUCUCGACCGCAGCACGACCCAAAAUGGUGACUGCUUCAAGCAACACUUGGAGCGCGUUUCUGCUGACCAGACCCUCACGAUUCUCCAGGGAACUCCCAGCACCUUCAACGUCCUACGGUCUGCCGGAUGGACGCCAAGAGCGAAUCACCUCCUCUUGUGUGGUGGGGAACCAUUCCCAUUGUGGUUGGCGGACUUUUCGUCCACCUCGGAGAUCUACAACGUCUAUGGUCCCACGGAGACGACCAUUUGGUCCUUGGUGCACCACGUGAGACGAGCAUACACGGCAUACACGUCCGAGCUCCGAAAUCUGGGGGUUCCGAUUGGCCAAGCAAUUCGACAUACCACUGUACAAGUGGAUGCUUCCGUGGGAGGAACCGAUGAAUCUGAAAGCACCGAGCUCUCUCCGCAUGCUACAGGGAGCCGUGGAGAACUUGUGAUUGGAGGUUUGGGGGUGAGUCUUGGUUAUUGGAAGCGGCCGGAGCUCACAAGAACUCGAUUUUUUGAAGCAGAUGGAGUGCGCCACUUUCGAACUGGCGAUCUGGUUCUGGAGGAGAUCCAGGUGGAGAGGUUGCGGCACAUCGUUCUAGAGGUGAUUCAGGAGGUGAUUGCAGGUCGAAGCCACACCUCCAGCGGUGACGUCGACGUUUCCACGGAUGCCUCCAUGCAGGGUAUGGAAGGUGAGCACUGGCGACAUUUGGGUUUGAACUCGACCAUGGCCACCAGCUUCAGUGCUCGUUUGCAAGAGCGCCUCCAAACCACUUGGACGACUUUCUCCAGAACACCUGUUCGACCGUCCAUCAUGUUUGAAUGUCGCACCAUGUCGGAGCUGGUGUCACAUCUCGUGCACCUGGGCAACCCGCACGACCCGCAGGGCGGCCAGGAGGGCUCGAGGACGGAAAACCCACUGGACAGGGAAAGCACCGCGAGGACACGGUCCGCGCCAGAGGGUUCGUCAGGAGCGCGGCUGGCCGCGCCAGUGGGUGAAGCGCAGGUGAAGUGGGUGCGCCACGUGGUGUCCUUGGGCACUCUGUGCAUGACAGCACAGGCCAUGGAGCACUGGAACCUCCGACGGUGGCCGGGGCCCUUCGACUGGAUCUUCUCGGGUCCGGAGAUGGUGACGCAUUGCUUGGCCGAGGGACGCCGUGGAGCACCCGGAGGUUCGAGAUCCUUCGCCACGUUCCUGGAUGCCAGCAAGUAUCUCGCAAAGCCAUGCAACAAGGCUGGCCAUGAAGUUUACUCUGCGAUGCUGCAACGUGACGUGAUUUUCAACCACCACAAUCCGAUGCUGGAGAAGGACUACGAGUUCUUCGUGGCGAAUGUCAAGUCACUCCAGGCACUCAUGUGGAGUCCGCACUCGCUGCCCGAGCCGAAUGGGCGAUCGCCGCGCUGCAGCUCGAUGGUUCUUUUUCUCCUCUUCAACUUGGAGCGGCGCGUGCCCUUGCGCCACAGCGCCAUUCAGGAGCUCUUCCAGGAGUUGACGUCGCAAUGCUCCUGGAACUUUCAACUUCUGGUGGUCCAAGUCCACACCAAGGCGGCGGAGAGUCCUCAGAGUCGCUUGUUGGAAGAUCGCUCGAGUCGCAACUGCAGCAACCUGACGCAACAACUGUUGGUCUAUGAGCUUCUUUGUCAAGGUGCGCAUGAUGGAUGGCGCUUCAGUGAUGAGAAAGACAUGCAAGCACUGGGUGAGAUUGUGUUGAAUGGUCGUGACUUCCGGUUGAUGCCUGCUCCGGGCGAAAAGCUUGCGAAGUGCAACACCCUCUCUUGCCCAUUCUCCAACACGUGGCUCUCAACUCACUGUUGUCACAGCUGUGCGAAAACGUCUGGAUCCCGCCAUGGAGACAGAUGCGAUGGGAUCAAGCACCAUGGCCAUGACGACACUCAGCGGCCGGGCGAGAUGAAGAGUGUGAGCACUCGGAGUGGCACGGUUUCGCGGGCAGUACGUUUCCAAGAGGCCUUGUCGAAGGCACGUGAACUGCAACGCACUGCAAAGUGCCUACAAAUUCAAAGUUCAGCAGUCAGGAAGUUGCGGAGUGUGCUUCCAAAGCAGCAAACACAUUUGGAGCAUUCCAGCAGCCAAGAUUGUUGUCACAUGGAGUCAGUCACCGAUGAAUGGCAAUUCUUGGGGUAUCCACUCUACGCGGAUGAAGGUUGCAGAAUUUGGUCUCCAGGCGCUUCCGAUUUGCGUGCAGCUUUUCAAACUUUGCUGGCACCUUGGAGGCAAGAAGGAAGAAUAGGAAGAUAUAUCCCAGACACUCCAUGUAUGCCAUAUAUGCCUACAUUAACCCCUCAAACCACCCCAACUGAUCGGCAUAUAUGGCAGUCCCAUGGGUCGUGUCUGGGCAUUGCAUGUGCCAAAAACAUGGUCAAGGCACCCAACGGGCAACGGGCGAGGUAUCAAGUGCGAUGGCUUUUGAGGAAGAUUCCGUCCAAGUGA